GCGUAUAAAAUGAGUACGGCUGGUUGAUGUGGUCCUCCACUCCAGUUCUCUCCCCCUUGCACACUUGUUACAAAUGCCCUCCAAGGCAAGAUCAUUGCUCGAGCUCACCAGGCUUCACUGGUUUCCAGUGGGGUGUGACUUCAUGUUCUGGCCCUUCGCGUGGGGCUCGCUGGCGGCAUCAUAUCAUGUAGCAUUACCCAUGAAUGAAGUCGUCAAGAACACUUUGUUCUAUGCGCUGUUAGGCACGCUGGUACAUAGUGCAGGCUGCGUCAUAAAUGACAUGCUUGAUCGCGAGUUCGAUCGCAAAGUCGAACGUUCAAAAAACCGACCGAUCGCGUCAGGAGCUGUCACUAUGCUAGAGGCCUCGGUUCUUCUGACCGUGCUCGUUGCUGCCAUCUUUUACAUGUUCUCAACUGCUGGCCCUACAGCUUUGUUGCUCGGUCUUGUUGGACUCCCAGCUUGUUUUGCUGCUAGCUGGGCCGUCCCAUUCACGUGGGUGGCAAUCACGGGUGAGUUUGAUUGGGGAAUAAUACUGAAUGUCGGAGUCGCGUCGUGCUGCUGGACGUGUCUUUACGACACUAUCUACGCGUGUCAGGACAAGAAGGACGACGAAAAGGCUGGAGUCAAGUCCAUGGCAGUCCGUCUGGGCGAUGGCAUUCGUCCUGCAUUGAGCCUAUUUGAUGUGACAUUCUUUGCGUAUCUUCUAUGGGCUGGGUAUUUGAAUGGCCAGCACCUACCGUUCUACGUGAUGAGUGUCAUUAUGCCCUUCCUCCUCUACAGCUGGAAUAAAUUUACGGCAGGUCGCCACGGCGCAGCGUUGGUGUGCGCAGGAUUGGUCGUGGACCAUUACUGUAAUCUUGUGUCCCUGGCCAUUUGAGCAUGUACUUUUAUCUCAGGCUGGAUUCGAGGUGACGCCUUCAACCAUCCUGUUGAUGUACUUACCACAGCCUUGCAAUUGCCUGUUUUCAUCCUGGAGUAUCGCUUUUGUUGUCUAAUAUACAAAGAUGAAUCGGCAUACUUACGACAGUCUUUCGCUUUCAUUUUUCUUUAUCCUGGAGUACUGUUU